AAGAUGAAGAAGGCGUCGUCGUUGUCUGAGCUCGGGUUCGACGCCGAUGGGCCGUCAUUUUUCCGGCACCUGUCUCUGGCCGACGGCGACGGCGCGCUGCCCCGGCGGCGGCUCAUCAAGAUCUCGGUGAUCGGCGCGGGCAACGUGGGGAUGGCCAUCGCGCAGACCAUCCUGACGCAGGACCUCGCCGACGAGAUCGUCCUGAUCGACGCCGUCGCCGACAAGGUGCGUGGCGAGAUGCUUGACCUGCAGCACGCGGCGGCGUUCCUCCCGCGCGUGAACAUCGUGUCGGGCACCGACGUGUCGCUGACGAGGAGCUCGGACCUGGUGAUCGUGACGGCGGGGGCGCGGCAGAUCCCCGGCGAGACGCGGCUGAACCUGCUGCAGCGGAACGUGUCGCUGUUCAGGAGGAUCGUGCCGGCGGCGGCGGAGGCGUCGCCGGAGUCGCUGCUGCUGAUCGUGUCGAACCCGGUGGACGUGCUGACGUACGUGGCGUGGAAGCUGUCGGGGUUCCCGGCGAGCCGCGUCAUCGGGUCCGGCACCAACCUGGACUCGUCCCGGUUCCGGUUCCUGCUGGCGGAGCACCUGGAGGUGAGCGCGCAGGACGUGCAGGCGUACAUGGUCGGCGAGCACGGCGACAGCUCGGUGGCGCUGUGGUCGAGCAUCAGCGUGGCGGGCAUGCCGGUGCUAGCGCACCUGCAGAAGAACCACAGGUCGUCGGCGGCGAGCAAGACCAAGCAGUUCGACGAGGCGGCGCUGGAGGGGAUCCGGCGGGCGGUGGUGGGCAGCGCCUACGAGGUCAUCAAGCUCAAGGGCUACACCUCCUGGGCCAUCGGCUACUCCGUCGCCAGCAUUGCCUGGUCGCUCCUCCGCGACCAGCACCGCAUCCACCCCGUCUCCGUGCUCGCCAAGGGCCUCGUCCGCGGCGUCCCCGCCGACCGCGAGCUCUUCCUCAGCCUGCCCGCUCGCCUCGGCCGCGCCGGCGUGCUGGGCGUCGCCGCCGAGCUCGUGCUCACCGACGAGGAGGAGAGGAGGCUCCGCAUCUCCGCCGAAACGCUCUGGGGCUACUGCAACGCACUUGGCCUCUAAUUC